UAUAUGAAGGUAGCCUGCGCCGUGAGGAUCAACGUAGUGCUCCCAAGUCCCAACACCCGAGGGACUGACUGAUCAAGAGCACUAGCUUGCAGCAGCUCAAGAUCAUGGCGCCUCCUCCCGAAGAGAUCAGGUCGGAAUCAGUGCCGGCACCAGCGCCGGCAGAGGUAGUGACGGUGGACGUGCUAACGGCGAGCGAGCUGAAGCAGCAGCCGCAGGAGGAUGAGAAGCAGGUGUGGAAGUACCUGGAUGUGAGGACGGAGGAGGAGAUGGCCAAGGGUCACCUGCACAACUCGCUCAAUGUGCCCUACAUGUUCGUCACACCCCAAGGGACCCGGGAGAAGAACCCUUUGUUCGUGGAGCAGGUCGCCUCGCUCUUCACCACAGACCAACACAUACUCAUCGGUUGCCAGAGCGGCAAGAGGUCGGAGCUAGCAUGCGUUGAUCUCCAAGCAGCAGGUUUCAUGAAUGUGAAGAACGUGGGAGGCGGCUACAUAGCGUGGGUGCAAAACGGACUCCCAGUCGUAGAACCAGUCCCCACACCACCAACAACAGCACCACCAACACCAACACCAACACCGGCUGAAUUUGCAACCUGAAUGAAACUGUAAACUACUGGUAGUAUUGAUUCUUCAGCCACCGGUUAAUAAGUGUGCUCUAUCUGUACUGUGAUCCUUACUUACUACUGUAUGCAAGCCCAAGUGAAUGAAUAAAACAUCCAUGUAACAGAACAAGUGAUAUAUAUGCCACCCUUUUUAUCUA